UUAUAAAAACACAUUUCAUCUGUAAUCGUAAGAUUGUGUAGCUUCACUAUAUCAGUCGAUUGUUAAUUUUUGCAAAAUCUCAACCAAACCAUGAAAACUACUAUAUUCCUUUCACUAUGUUUCUGCUCCAUUUUAUGCGCAGCUAAUCCAUUCAGCAAGAUCGUUCCCAGAAAGCACCUUGGCGGUGGAAGAAUCAUUGGUGGAAAUGUUGCCCAUCCCCUCCAGUUUCCCUUUGCGGCGGCAAUUUAUGUCCAAACUCCUACCAGUAGAUAUUUCUGUUCAGGCUCUCUUCUUUCUAAUCAAUGGAUUUUAACAGCAGGGCAAUGUGUCUAUGGAGCGACUCUAUUCCAAAUCUUUCUGGGAUCAAUUCAUCUGACUGGUGGUGAAACCGAACAGAUUGAAGUUGCAACUUCUUCGUACGUACUUCAUCCCGAAUAUGACCCGCAAACUCUGCAAAAUGACAUAGGUCUUAUUAAACUUCGUUUGCCUAUUACUUUCACAGAUUAUAUUCAACCCAUUGAAAGGCUUCCAGUAUCUGAGGUACCAGAUUACGUUUCAGCUUCAGUUUUUGGAUGGGGGCAGAUUUCUGAUGAGGAUGCUGGUCUUUCUAAUGCGCUACAGUGGGUUCGUGUUGUAACUGUAACAAAUGCUGAGUGUUCACUUACAUAUGGAAGUCAAAUUACCGACACUAUGGUUUGUGUUGAAGGAAACUAUAAUGAAGGGACAUGUUACGGUGAUAUUGGUAGCGCUUUGAUUCAGUAUUAUAGUACCGGACACUCAAUUCCUGUUGGUAUUGCAAGCUUUGUUAGUUUCAACGGUUGUGAAAGCACAGAUCCCUCAGGAUUUACAAGAACUUUCCCAUACAAUGCAUGGAUUAGAAAUAUCACGCAACUGGAGCUUUAGACGAUGCAAUUUUUAUUAAUGAUAUAAAUUCUAAAUAAAUUAGUUAACAAUU